AUGAAAGCACCCAUGCGUUGUCUCCUUUUUAAGCAAGGGAAUCUUCAUGUUAAGGUUUCUCAAGCUAGGGAGGAUCUAGAUGAAGUUCAGCAUGCAAUUGAUGGUGAUCCCUUAAACCCUCAACUGCAAGUAAAGGAAGUGAGGUGCCUACAGGUGUUUCGUGAUGCUUCUAUGGAUGAAGAGAUGUUUCUUAAACAGAAAUCAAAAAUCGAAUGGCUUAAGGCGGGAGACUCUAACUCUUCUUUUUUUCAUAAUUCUAUUAAAUGCAGGAACCAUAUGAGCCGAAUUGCAGUUAUAAAGGAUGCUAAUGGAACUACUCAUGAAGGUGGAGAGGCUAUUCGGAUUUUGGUGGAUCAUUACUCACAUUUUUUGGGAUCAGAAGGUGUUAUUAAUUUGACACCAAGUGAAUCUUUAUUCACUAAACGAUUGUCACAACAAAAAGCUAAGGCAAUGAUUCGAAGAGUUUCUGAUGAAGAGAUGAAGGCUGCCAUGUUUGCUAUUGGUGAUAAUAAAGCACCUGGCCCUGAUGGGUUUUCUUCGGCUUUUUUCAAAGAAGCAUGGGAGGUUGUUGGAAAAGAUGUUUCUCCUGCUAUCCAUGAUUUAUUCUGUUCGGCCAGAAUGCUCCAAGAAAUCAAUCAUACGUUUCUUGCGUUAGUUCCUAAGAAUUACCACCGUAAUGUUGGUCCUCCAAGAUGUACAUUCAAAAUUGAAAUUCAGAAAGCUUAUGACACGGUUGAUUGGGGUUUUUUGAAGUGGAUUCUGGUGGGAUUUGGCUUUCAUCCCAUUAUGAUUAACUGGAUCAUUGAAUGUGUGACGACUACUUCCUUUUCGCUUAGUAUUAAUGGGAAUAUUCAUGGAUACUUCAAAGGUGGUAGGGGACUUCGCCAGGGGGAUCCUAUGUCACCCUAUUUGUUUACACUGGUUAUGGAGGUUCUUACUUUGUUGCUGCAUAAGGCCUCGGCCAAUUCUGAUUUCAGGUUCCAUAAUAGGUGUGAAAAACAAGGAGUUAUCGAUUUGUGCUUUGCUGAUGAUCUGUUCAUUUUUGCUCGUGGGGAGGCUAAUUCGGCUAGAAUUAUUUCGGAUGCUCUGAAUGAUUUCCAAAACAUGUCUGGAUUGGUGCCAAGUUUGCCUAAGAGUACGGUAUUCCUCUCUAAUGUCCCGAAUCAUGUAAAAAAUGCUAUUUUAGAGAUCAUGCCAUUCGAACAUGGUGAACUACCUGUUAAGUACUUGGGUGUACCUCUUGUCUCUUCUAGACUUUUAUAUAAAGAUUGUAAGAUUUUAGUGGAAAAGAUGGAGAACCGAAUCACAAAUUGGCGCAAUAAAUUCCUUUCCUUCGCAGGUAGGCUGCAAUUAAUGACCUUUGGAGUCUUAUCUUCUUUACAUGUGUAUUGGGCGUCUAUGUUUAUUCUCCCGUCUCGUGUUAUUAAUGACCUUGAGAAGUUAAUGCGUGCUUUCAUUUGGAGUCAAGGCCCUAUGAAAAAGGGUAAGGCUAAGACGAAAACAGAUUCUAUAGUGUGGAAAGAUCAUUACCUUAAUCAGGUCCCAUUCUCUUCCUCUGUGGUUUGGGAGUCUAUUUGUGAUCGAAAGAUGGCAGUACCUUGGGCUAAAUUGAUUUGGAAUGCUAUCAAAGGAUUAGCUGAUAUGGCUCAUCUCUCACCUGUUUGGGCUGAUAUUAUGACCUGGAUGAUCCCAAGAUCACAUGUUAAAUUUGCUCGGAGUGUGUUAAUUACCUCUACUGUUCGGAUGAAGUUGGCUACAUUGCGGUUCAAGAACUCUACCCAAGUGGAAAGGCUUUUGAAUGGAUGGUUGCUACUAGUGAACGCUUUAUUAGCAGAAGAUGAAGACGAUGCAUGA